AUGCAGUCUUUCGCCAUCCUGCUUCUCGCCGGUCUGGCAUCUGCUGCCGUAUCUCCAUAUGGUCAAUGUGGCGGUGUUAAUUACUCAGGUGAAACCACCUGCCAGUCAGGAUGGUCCUGCCAAUAUCAGAAUGAUUAUUAUAGUCAAUGCUUGGUUUCCACCAGCAGCACGAGUACUACUCUUGCGACGACCACAAAGACAACUACUACUUCAAAAGCAACUUCAACUUCAAGCGCCAGUAAGACGACCACUAGCGCAUCUUCUACUACCUCGGGAACAUCGGUUGGAACGUCAACAGAAUUUGUCGGCAUCGAGGGCCUGAACUUCACUAUCAAUGGCGAGCCUGGGUAUUUUGCUGGAUCCAACUCGUAUUGGAUUGGCUUCUUGACAAACAACGACGAUGUAGAUCUAGUCUUGGACCACAUGAACGAGGCAGGACAGCGUAUCUUGCGCAUAUGGGGCUUCAACGAUGUCAAUACUGUUCCAUCUUCGGGUACAGUCUACUACCAGUUGCUUAAGGACGGUGUUGCAACGAUCAACACAGGGUCUGAUGGUCUCCAGCGACUCGACUAUGUCGUCGCAUCCGCGGAAAAGCGCAACAUCAAGCUUAUCAUCAACUUUGUCAAUAAUUGGAGUGACUAUGGCGGCAUGGCGGCAUAUGUCACGGCUUUUGGAGGCUCCCAAACCACAUGGUAUACCAAUGAAGAUGCGCAGGCUGCCUAUCGCACAUACAUCAAGACAGUAAUAGCGCGGUAUAGUGAUUCGUCAGCGAUCUUUGCCUGGGAAUUGGCAAAUGAGCCUCGCUGCAAUGGUUGCGAUGUUUCGACGCUCUAUAACUGGAUUAAAUCGACUUCAGCAUACAUCAAAUCGCUUGACUCGGAGCAUUUGGUUUGCAUUGGUGACGAGGGCUUUGGUCUUAAUGUGCAAUCCGAUGGAAGCUAUCCUUUUACAUACGGCGAGGGCUCAAACUUCACCAUGAACUUGGCUAUUGAUGACAUUGACUUUGGAACAUUCCAUCUUUACCCUUCUAGCUGGGGCACGACUAACGACUGGGGGAAUCUCUGGAUCACCGCCCAUGGGGCUGCUUGCGUUGCAGCGGGCAAGCCCUGCCUCUUUGAGGAAUACGGUGUUACCUCUGACCAUUGUGCAGUUGAAGCUCCUUGGCAAACGACAGCUCUACACACGAAGGGAAUUUCAGCAGAUCUUUAUUGGCAACUGGGGGACACACUCUCUACUGGUCAAACUUCCGACGAUGGCAAUACCAUUUAUUAUGGGACGGAUGACUAUACUUGCCUUGUGACUGACCACAUUGCAGCUAUCGGUUGA